AUGGCGUUCCUGACGUUGUGUUUUCAUUCUCAAGUCGGCAAUUUUGUAAGGUGUGGAGUCACACCAAUUUCUGCAUUGCAACAACUCGCCGUGUUCCAAGAAAUGGCGGAUGUGUCUUGCUACGCAACCGGACCCGUGCGACCUCCAGGAGGCACUCAUCGAAUGAACUUGGGCGGUGAACCUGAAAAGCCCGCCCUCGAACAAUAUGGAGUGGACCUUACAGCCAAAGCACGGGAUGGCAAACUCGACCCGGUCAUCGGCCGCGAUGGCGAAAUUCAUCGAACGAUCCAAAUCCUAUCUCGGCGAACGAAGAACAAUCCCGUGCUCAUCGGUGCUGCGGGAACCGGAAAGACGGCGAUUUUGGAGGGGUUGGCACAAAGAAUCGUCAAGGGCGAUGUGCCUGAGAGUAUCAAAGAGAAGAGGGUGAUCAGCUUGGACUUGGGCAGUCUCAUCGCUGGAGCGAAGUUUCGGGGGGACUUCGAGGAGCGAUUGAAGAAGGUGUUGAAGGAGGUGGAGGAGGCGAAUGGCAAGGUGAUACUUUUCGUCGAUGAGUUACACACCCUACUAGGCCUGGGCAAAGCCGAGGGAAGCAUCGAUGCGAGCAAUUUGUUGAAGCCGGCUUUGUCGCGAGGUGAAUUACAGUGCUGUGGCGCUACCACCUUGAACGAGUACCGCCUGAUCGAAAAGGAUGUCGCGCUGGCGCGGCGGUUUCAGUCGAUCCUUGUGGGAGAACCAUCAGUGGCGGAAACCAUCACCAUCUUGCGAGGAUUGAAAGAGAAAUAUGAAGUUCAUCACGGUGUCCGGAUAACCGACAAUGCGCUCGUGACCGCCGCGACCUAUUCGAAUCGCUUCAUCACGGAGAGAUUCCUUCCUGACAAAGCCAUCGAUCUGAUUGAUGAAGCUGCGAGCGCUUUGCGCUUACAGCAGGAGAGUAAGCCGGACGCGAUUCAAGAACUGGAUAGACAGAUCAUGACUAUUCAGAUCGAGUUGGAAUCAUUACGGAAGGAGACUGAUGUUGUGAGCAAGGAACGUCGGGAAAAGCUCGAGCGCACCCUCACUAUGAAACAAGAUGAAGUUGGCGCUCUCAUGGAGAAGUGGGAGCGCGAACGUUCCGAAAUCAACGACAUCAAGCGCAUCAAGGAAGAGCUCGAGCAGGCUCGACUUGAGCUUGAACAAGCCUCGCGCGAUGGAAACUUCGCCAAGGCUAGUGAAUUGCGUUACUCGCGCAUUCCUGAAUUGCAGAAGAAGAUCCCAGAGGAAGGAGCCACGAACGCGGAUGGCUCUUCGCUGCUACACGACUCCGUCACGGCCGAUGACAUCGCAAUGGUGGUCUCAAAAAGCACCGGCAUUCCAGUCACCAAGUUGAUGUCAGGUGAAGUGGAGAAACUCAUCCAUAUGGAAGACACACUACGUUUGUCAGUCCGCGGGCAGGACGAAGCAUUAACGGCCGUAGCCAACGCGGUACGUAUGCAGCGUGCGGGUCUCAGUGGUGAGAACCGUCCACUGGCAAGCUUCAUGUUCCUCGGACCUACAGGUGUGGGCAAGACGGAGCUGUGCAAGAAAAUGGCCAGCUUCUUAUUCAGCACCGAGCAAGCCGUCAUCCGUUUCGAUAUGUCGGAGUUCCAAGAAAAGCACACCGUCUCGCGCCUGAUCGGAAGUCCCGCAGGAUAUGUGGGCUACGAUGACGCCGGGCAACUGACGGAGGCUGUUCGACGGAAACCAUACGCCAUCCUACUGUUUGAUGAGUUUGAGAAGGCUCAUCGUGAUAUCAGCACACUUCUCCUCCAAGUUCUAGAUGAAGGAUUCCUCACCGACGCACAGGGUCACAAAGUCGAUUUUCGCAAUACCAUCAUCGUGUUGACAUCGAAUCUUGGUGCUGAAGUUCUGGUCGCCGACAACGCCGCGGACGGUUCCGUCACCAACAACGCCGGUGGCGAAAUCUCACCUGAGGUGAAGAAGGAAGUUAUGGACGUCGUGCAGAUGUCAUACCCUCCCGAAUUCCUCAACCGGCUGGAUGAAUUCAUCCUUUUCAAACGUCUUUCCAAGAAUGCACUGCGGGAUAUUGUCGACAUUCGUCUCCGAGAGCUGCAGACCAGGCUAGACGAGCGAAGAAUCUCCCUCGAUGUGGGAGACGAUGUGAAGACCUGGUUAUGCGACAAAGGUUAUGAUCCGAGAUAUGGAGCGAGACCUUUGAAUCGGUUGAUCGCAAAGGAGGUGGGCAAUGGACUUGCUGAUAAGAUUAUUCGAGGUGCAAUCAAGAGUGGCGAUGUGGCCAAGCUUGUCGUGAGGGAUGGUGGAGAGCAUCUUGACGUGCUUUCGCCAUAA